AUGAAUACGAAAAAGAUAAGAAGCGAUAGAGAUCAGAAAAAGCUACGGAAGAAGAUAGAGAUGUUGUAUGAGUCGCCAGAAAAGGUGAAAUAUUCUCCUCCUGCGUCUACUCUGACUAAAAGUAUUCAGGCCAAGAAAAUACUCAUUCGGUACUACAUGGACACAAUGCAGACAAGAAGAGUUAGCAUACAUGAGUCCCAGAAGGUAUGCGGGUUUUGCCAAACACGAGAGACAAGUCUAUGGAGGCGGAUUGGGGAUAUAGUUGUGUGCAAUGCAUGUGGCCUGUACUACAGAAUACACGGUAAAAUACGGGAGAAGACCAUAACAAGAGGAAGAAAAGCAAAGAAUUUAUCUGAAGACAAGAUAAAAGAUUUAGAGGAAGAUCUAGAGAACGAAGAAUAG